AUGAGCAGGCUCGCAUCACUGCAUGGACCAUCAACUCCUUCUUCUUCCCCACGAAAUGUAUCGCGCGGAUCACCCGUACCCGAUUCACCACAGGCAGCGCCGAUAGAAUCGCCGUUCCAUAGGAAGCUCCGCUCAUCAUUACGGGAUAUCGCAGGUGCAAUAGAAGGGUGGGAUGAGAUGGUAUUGGGAGAAGGGCUGCGCGCCGUGAAAGGAGUAGUGGACAACGGAACUGCGCUCGACAAUGCUCUCGCUUCGAAUCCAAAUCACAGAUCCUUCAUUGCGACGCCGAGAAUCCAAGCCAUUAAUGCACAUUUGAAAACGUUAAAUGCCCUCUGCUGGAGGCUUGAGAAGCAAUUUCGACUACUGACAAUGAGCGUUGACGCCCUGGAGUCCCUCAUCAUGUCCACUGCAGCCGCUCGUGGGCCCCUUUUUCUGCGUACACCAGUUUGGAUAAGCUGGACACCGGAGCACUUUCUCAAUGCGCUUCUGUCGUUACCACGGCGCUACCAUCAGUCGCUCAUCACGAUAUCUCAAUGCGUCGAGAAGCUCAAGGACCCCGAUAUAUCGUGGGAUGAGGGAAAGGAUGCUGUUCAAACAUGGGCAGAUCAGAGAGAGAUUCGAGCGAAAGCAGAUGAACUGGAUUGGACGGAGAUAGAAGAAAUAUUUGUGGUUGAAGUGCGGGGAUGGGCCGAUGGUUAA